AAAUGUUUUUUAUCAACUCCGAUGAUUCACUAUAUAGUGCUGAUAACUCCGAAAUCUUAUGAAAAAUGAGAAGUAUUUUUGCUAAAUUUGUCACUCGAAACGUUUAAUUCGAUAAUAUUUCUAAAUUGAAUUAAUAAUUCGAUGAAUUCUGCCCAUUUUGCCAAUAUUUCGAUAGCUAUUCCGCGUCAUAUUUCAAUCCCACCAUGAGCACUUCGUACAAACAGAAAGAUCUCCGAUCUAUGCUUCCCGAAGAACGUUUGAAAAAGCUAACAGAGAGGAGUGAUUUGAGUAACAUUCAAAUAAAUGGACCGGUCGUAAGAUACUUCAGAUCAGGUCCUCAGAUAAUUAAGAUGGCAGAAGAAAGCUUGAACAAUAAACAAUACGAAGAUGCCUUUUUCUACUAUAUGAGAUUCAUCACAUUAUUUUUAGAAAAGAUCAAAGCCCAUCCUGAGUACAAAACAGUAUCUCAACAACUCCGCCAUUCUACCAAUGCUCAGCUUCAACAAGCUUUAGGUAUCGCUGAAAAGUUAAAAGCUCAGUUACGAGAACAAUAUGCCAAAGAAUACGAAGAAGAAUUACAAGCGCGAAAACGUAAAGAAGAAGAAGAAUUAUUACAGAAGAAGUUUCAAGAAUCACAAUUACAGCAGUUAUCCGAGUCUAGUUCUUCGGCCAAAGUUCGAGCUAAUAAUUUGUACGUUAAAGAAAGCUCUAUUAAGCAAGUUCCUUAUAUACCGGAUGACUUCUUAGUAUACGAUUUACCCGAAAGUGAUCCAGUUACACCAAAAAAUAAUACUAGUACAACUGUCAAGAAACCGGGAAUAGACCGAAGUACUAAACCUCAAUCGAAUACUUUCAAAGACGAUAAAGUGUAUUCGUCAUUUUUGAAAACAGUUGUGAUUCCAUCUAGAUUGAUGCAAACUUUCUUAGUCCUCGCCCAGAAGAAUACCAACAAUAAUGUCGAAACUUGCGGUAUACUGGCUGGAAGAAUGAAAUCCAAUAUGCUAAUAGUUACUCAUUUAUUAAUUCCGAAGCAAUAUGGUACUUCUGACUCGUGUAAUACGGAUAACGAGGAAGAUCUGUUCAAUUACCAAAGUGAACAUAAUUUACUAACUCUAGGUUGGAUUCAUACGCAUCCUAGUCAGACAGCAUUCUUAUCUAGUGUCGAUUUACAUACGCAUUAUUCCUACCAAUUAAUGUUAUCAGAAGCCAUAGCUAUUGUUUGUGCUCCGAGUUAUAACGAAAUACGUUUUUUCCGCCUAACACCGGACUACGGUUUGGAUUUCAUCGGAAACUGUAGACAGAAAGGCUUCCAUCCUCACGUCUCGGAUCAACCUUUAUUUCAAGAUGCCGAGCAUUGUGAAAAAGAUGACACACUGGCUGUCGAAGUUGUAGAUUUUAGAAGAUGAAUACGUACGCGAUGAAGUGGAAUUUUUGCGCGUCUGAACCAGCACUUUUGUUUUGAUUCACGUUACCAUUUUUCGUCAUCGUCAAUUAAUUUUCCGUUUAUUUUGAGAUACACGUUUGCAAAAUACAUACCCAAUAAUAACUUAAUUUUACUAAAUAUGUAUCACUUCGAAGAGCGAUGGAGAAUUUGUAAAUAUGAAUUAUUCGUAUUAGCCCGUUUCAAAUUGCUGCGACGAAUGUACCGUCGAAUUUGAACUUUUCGUCGGUAUUGACUAUCUAGUUCCGUUGAGUUGGAACUUUUGAUUUACUUUCGCGUUGUUGCUGGAAUGGAAUUUUAUACUCUUGACGUGGAUUUUAUUGUUGGGAAGGAAUGUUCCAGCGAAAUGUACGAGAUAAUAAUAGGAUACAAAGUUUGGUACGAGUGUUUACUGUUUAUUAUAUACGAUUCAGUCAACUUUGCCGGAUUAUUUAAUAAUUCAUGUAAUAUUUAACAAUAUAUUUUUUCUUUUGUACAA